GCAGUCAGAGCCACGAUGGCGCACAGAGGGCUCGGUUUCGUGCCUCGCUCCUCAGUGACGCGCAGGAGAGCCCCCAAGCGCCCACAAGCCGGCGGCAGCGAGUCGCUUCGAGGUGCACCCUGGCAGGCCUGGGCAGCAGAGGGGUCGCUGUUUAGUUUUUGUUUUCUGUCCCUUUUCCCGCAGAGCCGGACGCUGCGCGGCGGUAGCGAGUCAGUAUUUGCCCCGGUGCGUCGCUCAAGCUCCCCCCCCAGUAACAAGAUGGCGGUGUCGGUGUUCCCCGGCGUGAGGCUCCUCUCCAUCGGAGACGCGAAUGGAGAAAUCCAGCGGCACUCGGAGCAGCAGCCGCUGAAACUCGAGGUGAAAUCCACGCAGGACGCCGCGCUGAUCGCGCUCUCCAGCAGCGAGCAGGUCUGUGUGUUCAAGUGUUCGGUCUCGAGAGAGACAGAGUGCAGUCGGGUUGGUAAACAGUCCUUCAUCAUCACCCUGGGCUGCAACAGCGUCCUCCUCCAGUUCUCGUCCCCGAAUGAUUUCUGCUCUUUUUACAACAUCCUGAAGAGCUGCCGGGGCCACAGUGAGGAGCAGUCUGUGUUCAACGAGCGCACAGAGGAGUCCUCCGCAGUGCAGUACUUCCAGUUCUAUGGCUACCUCUCUCAGCAGCAGAACAUGAUGCAGGACUACGUUCGGACCGGAACGUACCAGCGAGCCAUCCUGCAGAACCACAUAGACUUCAAGGACAAGGUGGUGCUGGAUGUCGGCUGUGGCUCGGGGAUCCUGUCCUUCUUCGCCGCUCAGGCCGGCGCACGCAAGGUGUACGCGGUGGAGGCGAGCUCCAUGGCACAGCAUGCUGAGCUCCUGGUGAAGAACAACAACCUGACCGAUCGCAUCCUGGUGAUCUCUGGGAAGGUGGAGGAGGUGAAUCUCCCGGAGCAGGUUGACAUGAUCAUCUCGGAGCCCAUGGGAUACAUGCUGUUCAACGAGAGGAUGCUGGAGAGCUACCUGCACGCCAAGAAGUUCCUCAAACCCAACGGUAACAUGUUCCCCACGAUCGGCGAUGUUCACCUGGCUCCCUUCACAGACGAGCAGCUCUACAUGGAGCAAUUCACCAAGGCCAACUUCUGGUAUCAGCCCUCGUUCCACGGCGUGGAUCUGUCUGCUCUGCGCGGUGCAGCUGUGGAUGAGUAUUUCAGGCAGCCCAUCGUGGACACGUUUGAUAUCCGCAUCCUGAUGGCCAAAUCAGUGAAAUACACAGUCAACUUCCUGGAGGCGAAAGAGGAUGACCUGCACAGGAUAGAGAUCCCCUUCAAGUUCCACAUGGUGCACUCAGGACUGGUCCACGGACUGGCCUUCUGGUUUGACGUGGCUUUCAUCGGCUCAGUGGUGACAGUGUGGCUCUCCACGGCCCCCACAGAGCCCCUCACUCACUGGUAUCAGGUCCGUUGUCUGCUCCAGUCCCCCCUCUUCACAAAGGCAGGAGACACGCUGUCUGGAACAGCCCUGCUGCUCGCAAACAAGAGGCAGAGCUAUGACAUCAGCAUUGUAGCGCAGGUUGACCAGACGGGUUCCAAAUCCAGCAACUUGCUGGACCUGAAGAACCCCUUUUUUAGGUACACUGGGGCCACCCCCUCCCCCCCGCCCGGAUCCCACUACACGUCCCCCUCCGAAAACAUGUGGAACACAGGGGGGGGCUACGGCAUGAGCCAAGGGAUGCCUGGAGCCUACGACCUCAGUGGUGUUAUUCCCAGCGGCUCAACAGUCGGUCACAACAACCUCAUCCCACUGGCGAACACAGGGAUUGUGAAUCACACACACUCCAGGAUGGGGUCCAUCAUGAGCACAGGAAUCAUGCAGGGGAACUCCAGCGGCCAGGCGGGCCCCAGCACCAGCGGGGGCCACUAUCCCAUCAACAACCAGCAGUUCACCAUGGGGGGCCCUGCCAUCUCCAUGGCCUCCCCCCUGUCCAUCCCCAGCAACACCAUGCAUUAUGGGAGCUAAGACCUCACGUCCCGUCUCCUGUCCGACCUCUCGACGCCCCUUCACCUCUGAACUGACAGCAACAGGAAACCCAAAGAGGCUGCUGCUUCCUGUCUCUGAUUGGGCCCCUCUCACGCAGCGGCCAGCCCGGGCACCGCUCUGAUUGGCUGUAGUCGGGGGAUGUCAUUGCUCUGCACGAUCUCAUCAGUGAGGUCAUCCUCUUUGAGUUUCUAGUUGAUGGUUUUUUUUUUUUUUUUUUUUUUUUAUUUACUCGAGUGUCCAGCUGUGUGUAAAGAAAUCACAGCCGUGUCGACGUCUCUGUCUGAAAACAGAUUACAAAGUUAUACAAGAAAACACAACUGCAUACAUGCAUACAUACAUAUAUAUCUAUCUAAUGUAUGUGUAUCUCUAAGAAGGGAUUUCUUUAUUAUUAUUUUUCCAGUGCAGUUAGUAAUGUGAGAGUGAGCAGAACUAGUCUGGCAGUCAGGUUUGGUUUUCUUUGUUAGUUUGUAAGAUAGUUGCAGCCCUUCGAAACUCGAAUGUUUAUUUAGUAUCCACUGAAAUAAAUAAAGCAGUUCUGUUGAGUUUCGCCGCUCGCCUUCCUGAUUUCAACACAGCCCUCCGCACGCCAACUGCAUACGUGCAAAGCAAUGACAUCACUGCAGACGUG